CUGUUUAUGCAUGAGGUGCAGCCUUCUCUGCUAUCAUCUUUUAGCUGUUUUAAUUAAUAUUUGUAAAUUAAAAAAAGGUUUUUACUGAAUGUUUAGUUGCUGCGUUUUGAAAAAUUAUUAACGGUUUUGUAAAACAAAUUAUAAUUACACUGCAAACAUGUACCACUUAUCUCCUUAAAAUCAGAAAAAGUGUUUGUUAGAAUAUAACAUGUUAUGUCAUGUUAUGUUCUCAUUGUCCAACCCAUGCUAGCAUUAAGCCGAGAAUGAUGAUGAUGAUGAUGAUCAUUUCCCUGUUUUUCAACAGGACAAGAUGGUUUUAUAGACAUAAUUAAUUUUUCAGCAUUUAUAUGUAAAAAAAUCCCAAAUAUGAUUGAUGAAACCUACAAAGGAGGCAGCUCCUUAGAGCCAUUCCUGUUGUUGGCUAAAAAUGCCAGAGGUGCUGCUGCAGCCCAGUUAAUUCGACAGGCGUGUGAUGCUCCUGGUGUGUACGUUUUUGGUGAAUUGAUUGAAAUUGAUAGCAUAAAAGAGCUAGAGAGUAAUCCAGAGUUUAGCAAAGAUUGGAAACUUCUUCAGUUAUAUGCAUAUGGAAAAUAUAGUGAUUAUAUAUCCAAUAAAUCAGAGAUUCCUGACCUAACUGAAAACCAAAUAAAAAAGUUACGACUGUUAACAAUUGCCUCUCUAGCAUCAAAAUCGAAGUAUGUACCAUAUGCUGUCCUGUUAGAAAAUUUGGGACUAUCAAACCUGCGGCAAAUAGAAGACUUAAUUAUAGAAGCAGUCUACGCCGAUAUUUUAAAAGGAAAGCUGGACCAAAGAGAAGAAAGGCUUGAAGUAGAUUUUGUUAUUGGGCGAGAUAUCCAGCAACAGAAUAUAGAUACUGUCAUAUCCAUUCUUGAUAGUUGGUGUUCGAACUGUGAAAAAGCCAUGGAAACAUUAGAUACCCAAUCCAGUAGAGCAAAUUAUUUCAAAGAAGUAAAUUUAAAUAAAUUAAAACAAGUCGAGCAAGAGGUUGAAAAUGUGAAACAAGCAUUAAAGACACAAGAAAUGUCACUGACACAAGAUAUAGAUAUUGACUCAACGAUGCAACAACGUUCUGUUCAUAAAUUAAAAGGAAUGAAGUCCUCCAUAAAAGCUGCAUCUUCUAGGACAAGAUAACAGGAAUAUGCUAGACACUUUUUGUGAGAAAACAAAGCGACGUUACGACGGCUACCCUUCAACAACAACAACGACGCUUGAGACAUUUCGUCGAUGCGAUCGUAUGAAUGCAUUGCAAAAGAAAACAGACAUAAAUUGUAGUUAGAAUAUGUUUGUCUCGUUCUACAAAGUUUUAAUCAAUUAAAUUUGGUAUCCGAUUUC